AUGGCCUCGGCCACUUUGUCAGGCGCGGCGCAGGCGCCCGCCAGCCUUCAUCCCUUUGACAGGCGGGUUGCCGAGAUGGCAGUUCAUAAGGAUGAUAUCAAUCGCAUGAUCCUUGACUAUCUUACUUCUAUGGCUCACACCAAGGCAGCUCUGAGCUUCUGCAGGGAGGCCAAGCUAGAUCUCCAGCAGUCUCAGGAGUUCGUUGAGUGCCGGGCAUCCAUCAUGAUGCUCAUCCUUGAGGGGAUUGUGAUGAAGGCAAUCUCUCUUCUCAAUGAAUGGGACCCAGAGCUGCUGGAUGUCGAUGAAGAGCUUCACUUCGACCUUCUCCAGCUUCAUCUGAUCGAGCUCAUCCGCAUGUGUCAGGGCAAGGACCCGACACCUGCGGUUGAGUUCGCGACCAACAACUUGGCGCCGCGGGCGGCCAAUAACCCCAAGUUCCUGAAGAAGCUGGAGCAGACCAUGGCUCUGAUCAUCUUCCCACAUAACAGCCUCCAGCCGGAGCUUGCGGCUUUGCUCAGCCCUGACCUCCGCCGUACCGUGGCCUACAAGGUCAACAUGGCGAUGCUGCGCCGUCGGUACCCCGCGCACGCGGAGCCAUCUUUGUUGUGGCUGAUGCGCACUCGCAUCCACGCCGAGGAUGUGUGCCGCUCCAAGGGGAGAAAUCUCCCGGAGAAGAUCGACCUGGGCAUGAACCCCGAGGGCCAGGAUAAGCCUGAGCCCAUGGAUACUUGA